CUGGGAUUUCCGCAUCGCACGUUUUUGGGGGAUAGACAUUGGAGGUUCAGCAAGGGUUGACAAAGCUCAAUAGCCUUAUCUCGCUUGAGACUCGCCGUGUAGUUCAAGAGAAACUCUUUCCGCUACGACCUUGGACCUAUUUGGCGGCUAAGUCCGCGCAGGACCCUCCGCACUUCGGACACCAUGAAAGGCGAGGGCCCGCGGUCAAGCUAUCUAUCUCGCACUUGUCUGGAGACGAUAUGCCCGGAAGCUCCAACGAUAACCGCUGAGGAAGUGCCUGAGCGUCGGUAUCAGUCUCAGCAACGGUUAAAAAAGGCGUGGGAGAGCAUCUUUGAGAAGUAUGGGAGGGAAUUCGAGGACGCGGACGAAAUCGAUAUCACUACUGGCGCAAUCGUGGUCGACAAGGGCUUCAUUCGGCGGUCAAAAGUGAAGGAAUUUGGGUUUGCCUUUUUCCCAGCUCCGGUGAAAUUGGAAGAUUCGGACACUGAUCUCGUUUCCGCGACCGACGAGGUGGAGGCGUCUGAAUCGGGACAGAGUUCAGAAGCUGCGGCAGAACCGCGGAAGCGGGAUGAACCGAUUGUCGAAAUUGGACUGAAGAGGGAGACCAAUGCCAUCUCUCCAAAACGGUCCUCAAUGCGGCGAUGCGAAAUCAUCGUGGACGAGUUCACAUCUGCGAUCUCGAUGAAAAAAGCAGAUUUGAAUCCGAGAAAGCCAUUCCGGUCGCCCACUCCCGUCCCCUCGGCCAAAUCAAACGUAAGAGUCGAAAUCGAAAUUGAAGAACGACCCUGGUUGGCUCCGAACGCCACAGAAAAGAAGUAUCCACCACAUCGGAAAUUAGAGAUCAGCAAAGAAGAAUAUACAGCGCAACCACCGCGUCUUCAAAGGAGUACCCACCCGACAAGUAGUCGGGCAGUCUCGAAGUCAGAUACAUCAACUCUCGCAAGGCCUGGGCCACCCCAGCACCUAGCACGAAGCAAUGGCGGAGUAAGAUCCUCCACGAAAUCAUCAGCGUCCAAAGCGAUCGAACACCCACCUGCAUUGCAGGAGCCGCUGGUUUCCGUGGAAAGUACACCGCCCAUUUGCGAUACGAAAUCUUCAUCUAUCAAACGAGAAACAAACUACCGAAGCUUUGUGCAUACUUUAAAGCACGACGCGUUGUCUCUGCCAGAAGUCGAGAUUGUGUCUGUCAUGGCUGCACCCGGUGCUUUCCGUCGGAGAGCGCGCAGUCGCCAAAGCGGCGCUGGCAUUGGCAGGGCAAAAGGGGGGUGGGAUGUCCCACCGCCAGGACCUAUGCUGGAGUUGUCAUUAGGGGACAGUAUGCCGUCGAGUGCCCAAAUUACGGACUCGCCGUCAACAUCUACGUUCAUCUGCAAAUCGGAAGUAGAUGACCAGAUAGGCAGCGCCAGCGCUGGAAGCAAUGCCAGCCCGUCUCUGAUUUCCACAACGCCUUGCAAACGGGAAGAACAAGAUGACACAGACACAUCUUCUGCUGAGGCGAAGAAGCUAUCGUGUCUCCUUCCAAGUCCGGCCCCAUCUAUCGCACUCUCCAUUCAUCGGGACGAUCAGCAUCUAGGUGCAGCGAUUAGCAGCACGAAAGUAGUUAAACCUUCCACUCUUAUCACAAGGCGAAGGAGCUCCGCACAGCCGGAGGAGCGAGGACGGAGGAAACAGACACCUGUGCUAACAGACACCAAACCGCCGCGACCAUCCCGCGCCUGUAAGAACAUUGAUCGUGAUGCGUACAAGUUCAGACUGGCCUCGCAUUACUCACGCUCGGCGGUGACACGCGAUGUUGGGAAGGGCGAUAAAACGGACUGUGCGAAAGGGGAAUCUCAGACGCCGGACGCUGUUCACUCAUCGACUUCGUAUAGGUUUCCGGAUCCAGUGUCCUACAGCGAGCCGAUGGGCCUGACCCAGUCCACAGACACAGGACAUACGGCUCCCUCUCCUCGUUCCCGCAAACGAAAACUUCCAUCCCACCCAGGAGCUUCAGCCUCCCCGCGGAAGCGCGUAUGCGUAGCGACGGACACAAAAGCCAACGACCCCAAUCCGGCAGCAUCUCCAUUCGGCACCAUCCCCUCCACACCAAACAGACAAAGAAGUGCGAUGCCAACCCCACCUUGCGAAUCCGAUGAAGAAAGCGCGUUUGAGAACAUGCUCCCCGCCUCAGCAUUCCCUACGCCGCGUUUCCACCUCACCACCCGUCAGGCUCUGUUGGCCAGAUCCGCCACAGGCUCAUCCGCAUCCCCAAAACCGGCCUCCACCUCCCGGUCAUCAAUCGAAACAAAGAUCAUCCCAAACCGCACGACAGCGCUGAAGAUACCCACGAUGCGAAUGAAGACAUACGCGCAAGUGGUGUUGACCACCAUAGAUUUAACAACGGAUGAGGAUCCGCUAACGAUCUGUUAGAGGGUUUGAAAGAAGGAAAUGGCGCUGCUCGGACUUGGGGUGUUCGCGCGGCUAUCGCCGCGAAUGGAAGAAACGUGUGGGGGAAGUGUAUACCAUUUUUGUAAUAUAUUUUGUAAUGGAACUCUUUUGUACAGACAUAGCCG